AUGGAAUUAUAUGUGUAAUUCAUUCAAAGUUAGAAGAAAGAUGUCUUAACAAAAAGAUAAUAUAAAUUCUUAGCGGAUGAUGCAAUUACUAGUGGAUCUGAUUAUGAUUAAGAUGCUAAUCCAUUAGAAGGUUAUAAAAUUAAAGAGAGACGACUCUAAGGUCAAAAUCGUUAUAAAAGAAGAUUGUUGUCGGCAAAGCAUACUAUGAGGAGAAAAUUUAAUUUCAAUUGGGAUCGCAUGGUCAUUCGAUUUCGUAGAUUUUACAACAAAAUAAAAUAAUUAGUAACACUCAAAUAACCUUACACUUUUAGUCCAGAUGGGUCAAUGAAAAUGUUAUGGGACCUCUUAUGCUUAUUAUUAGUGAUUUAUGAGAUGAUAACAAUUCCUUUAUUGAUUAGUUUUGAAAUAGAGUUGAGUUAGGCAUUUUCACGAGUAAGUACAGCUAUGUUUGUAUUUGAUAUUCUACUCAAUUUUAACACAGGUGUCUAUUUAGAGGGUAAACUAAAUAUGGAAAGGAAGGAAAUAUUUAAAGACUAUAUAAGUUUUUGGUUUUGGAUAGAUUUCAUUUCUACAUUUCCUUAUGAUAUAAUAAUGGAUGAAUCGUUACUGAAAUUUUUGAGGUUUGUGAAAGUGUUAAAAUUAGUAAGAUUGGCAAAGCUAAAAAAGAUAAUAGAUAAAUUUGAUGAAGUAUUGUCAAUGAGGCCUGGAGUGGCUGCAAUAGUCAAUUUUUGUAAGUUAUUUUUUUUUGUGUUGUUUUUUGCUCAUAUUCUUGGUUGCAUCUUUCAUUAUCUUGCAUAAUAAGAGCCAAGUGAUGACUCAUGGCUUGGAGAUAUCUAUUUUGCUGAUUGGUCAAUUCGAUAUGUUAAUUCUUUGUAUUGGGGAAUAGCCACAAUGACUACAGUGGGUUAUGGAGACAUAAGUCCCUAAACUCCGCAAGAGAGAUUCAUUGGAAUCGUGCUUUUACUGAUUGCCUGUGGUGGCUUUGCUUUUACUAUGAAUUCUAUAGGAUUUGCUCUACAAGAAAUUGAUGGACAGAAUAAGUUGAAAAAAGAAAAGAUUAAUGGCAUAAAUAGGUUUAUGAAAAAGGCAGGCAUAUCUAAUCAAUUAUAGAAUAGAAUUAGACGAUAUAUUGAAUUUGUUAUGGAAUCGAAAUCUUUAGUAUUAUAAGAUUUAACUAAUUAAGUUUAAAUUGAAUUAGCUAAUGAUUUAAGGAAAUAAGUAAAUGGAAAAUUGCUUGGGUAUUGCGAUAUCUUGUUGAAGAACCAUUCUUAAUAAUUUCUAAUUGAGGUUGUCUUGCCAAGUAUGAAAGAAAGAGUAUACAAUCCAGAAGAAGUUAUUUUCGAUGAAUUUGAUUUCUAAUAAAAUUAUGAUAUGUUCAUUAUCAAAACAGGAUUAGUUGAUAUUUUUUAUAAAAAAACUGGUAUCGUUGUUGAUCAAAAAAGGAGGAAUGAAUAUUUUGGUGAAAUAAAUCUGCAAGUUCAAGGAGUAUUAAUUUCUCAAGCAUAUUUUAAAUUUAUUAAGACUAAUUUUAAAAAAGUCUAAAGGAAUUUUAAGAUUCUUCAUAAAACUCAUAAGGACGAAUUUACGAUCUACAAUAGUAUUAUCUGA